CGUCGUACCCAUCAUGUAAAAAGUUCUCGACCACCAUGUGCUACUUGUACAGAUUGCUUUUCUUCUCUUCUAAACGAAGGCUUCCACAUCGAGACAAGCCCAUCUGAUCAUAUAAAAGCCGUGUCCAAUGUCUGUUUCAACCUUAGAAAAUGCUGCUGUAUCUGCUUUUGGUUCUCUUUUUGACCUGUAAUCCUGUGACCUUGGUCGAAGGCUUUCACACACUUUCUCGCCGAAAUUCUACUGGUCUCACGGAUGAAGUCACUUGGGACCCUUAUUCGCUUUCAAUUCAUGGGCAACGAGUGUUUGUCUUAGCAGCGGAGGCUCAUCCGUGGAGGAUUCCAGGAGAUCCAGCUAUCUGGGCCGACAUCUUCCAAAAGGUCAAAGCAAAUGGGUUCAACACUGUGUCGUUCUACGUCAACUGGGCUCUUCAUUAUCCUGCACCUGAUACCAAUGCUGGUAGAGGUGAUUUUGAAGAAGGAACUUACAGGGAUAUACAGGGAUUCAUUGACGAGGCGAAGAAAGCUGGUCUUUGGAUGAUUGCGAGACCCGGACCGUAUAUCAACGGAGAAACUACUGGCGGGGGGUUCCCUGGCUGGGUAGGGAAUAUCGCAGGGAAUUUACGCACGAACAAUCCGAACUAUACUGAAGCUUGGACACCUUAUUUGACUUCGAUUUCCAAGAUAAUUGCCAAGAACCAGAUUACGAACGGAGGUCCCAUCAUCCUUGUCCAAGCCGAAAACGAAUUUUCUGAAAGUGAAGGCAAUGAUGUAUACAUGCAGGCUAUCAUCGACCUCUACAGAGACAACGGUAUUGUAGUUCCGAUAACUCACAACGACCAACAUGCCGGACAAGCAGGGAAUUUCUCACCCGACCGCCCUGGCCUUGGACGUGUCAACAUAUAUUGCGGCGACUCUUACCCCCAAGGCACUAAUAGUUGGGCACAGGUUCAGUCAAUAUACUACUCUGCGCACCAGGCUGUUGCCCCAAGUAAUCCUUUGUGUCUCGCCGAGUUUGAAGGAGGCUACCUAUUGCAGUGGGGUUCUGUUACACCUCGAGGUGGAACGGGGUACGAGAAAUAUUCGAAUGAUCUUACCGAUGCUACUUUCGAGGAUAUUUUUUACAAGGAAAAUUAUGCGCAAACAGCCACCAUCUUGAGCAUAUACAUGCUUUUCGGAGGCACAAAUUGGGGACAGACUGCAGCUCCAGUCUCAUAUACCUCAUAUGAUUAUGGCGGAGGGAUCAACGAGAACCGCAUCGCUAACACCAAGAUGAACGAAAUGCGCUUACAGGGGCUAUUCCUGCGUGUCUCUCGCGAUUUGCUGUCGUCGGAUCUCAUAGCGAACGGCACAAACUAUACAACAUCUUCGUUAGUCCAUACGGCAGAAUUGCGCAAUCCUAUUACCGGUGUUGCAUUCUAUGUAACUCGUCACAACGACUCCACAUCGACAGAGCUGACAACCACGCAGAUUCAUGUCAACACUUCCCAAGGGUCUUUGUUGAUACCUCAAACUGGUGUUCUGACCUUUAAUGGGCGCGAGAGUAAAAUAAUUGUGACCGACUAUGUUUUUGGAAGGAGCUUCGCCACUAUACUAUACUCAACCGCUGAGAUUAUGACGUGGACGAUGAUCGAUGAUACGGAUUAUCUUAUCCUAUAUGCCCCCGAGGGGCAGACAGGAGAGACUGCAUUUUUACUGUCGACUGAACUCAAAUCAUUGAAUCUCCAGGAUGCUCCUGGAGCUACGUCAAGUCUCUCUGAUGGUAAACUAACACUACAGUACACCUUAAAUGGGUCUCAAUUCAUUCCCAUCCAAUUACAAAGCACCAAAUUUGUGGUCAUUCUUCUGGACAAGAUGACAGCCUACCAAUGGCAUGCCCCAAUCAUAGAGGGGAAUGGUACCUUUGGGAAUUUCUUUUCCAUUGGAACGAAUGAUACUGUUCUUGUUGGAGGACCAUAUGUUCUGCGAUCCUCAAGUUUAAAUCGAAAUACGUUGGAAUUGACUGGAGAUCUCAAUGGUACUACUUCCGUCGAGUUCAUUGCACCAUCAUCCAUCUCUCGAUUGUCAUGGAAUAGCAAAAAUAUAUCGGUAUUCAAAUCGUCUCGUGGAUCGUUUGUGGCUACCAUUCAGGGUGCAAAUGUAAACAUUAGCCUGCCUACUCUCGGCGACUGGAAAGUCUCCGGCAGCCUGCCGGAGAUUGUGCCAGAAUUUGAUGACUCCGGGUUUGUUCUAGCUGAUAUCAGGACCACCAACUAUACAAACCUCCCUCCAUUAUAUGGCGACCUAGUACUCUAUUCACAGCAAUACGGAUUUUUCGGUGGGAAUUUAAUCUUUCGAGGACACUUCAAAGCAUCUGGAGACGAGACCACCGUGAAGCUAGCAGUUCAAUAUGGUUUUGCUGGCGGAUAUACUGCAUGGCUUAAUGGCGUCUUCCUUGGAUCGGGGCAAGGCAAUUCGACUGUGAGCUUGUCAGAGGAUUCAUGGGCUAUUCCUGGCAAUGCGCUCCGAGUUGGGAAGGACAAUGUGCUUGUUAUUGUGCAAGGUAUGCUGCUCAUCUCUGAAACCAGCACAAACGGCGGCAAAGAGCCCCGGGGCAUUCGAGGGUAUGCCAUUGAAGGUGGAAAUACAACCUUCACAUCGUGGAGGUUGCAGGGAAAUCAAGGCAGAGCAGACAAUACUCCCGACCCCUAUCGAGGAUAUUUAAACGAAGGGGGUUUGUAUGCAGAAAGAAUCGGCGCACACCUACCUGGAUACCCUGAUGUCCAAUGGAGAAAUGGUACGCCAUUCUCCGGUGGCGGCCUCUCACGCGCCGGAAUCAAUUUCUAUCGCACGACAUUCAACCUGCCCGUUCCUGAUGGUGUCGACUUUCCUAUCCGAUUGUCCAUCACUCCUAGUGAUAUCAGCUCGAACUUUAGAGUUCAAAUUUACCUCAAUGGAUGGCAAGUGGGCAAGUACAUCAAUAACAUUGGUCCCCAAACAGAUUUCGUUCUUCCCGCAAGUGUCCUUCGACGUUCCUCGACAAACACGCUGGCGCUAUCACUUUGGUCCCUGGACAACUCUGGCGCUUCUAUAGCAGGUCUCGAACUGAUAUCUGAUGGAAUUUUUUCGACCUCCCUCGUUUUCAAUGACUACCAUACUCCGGAUUACAUUGAACAGCAAAAGAGCAGACCAUCUGGAACAUACUAUGAACCGAUGUGAAGAUUACGGAGGGAUUGAGUGUAAAUACAUCAAUAACAUUAUAAAUGAACAUCAUGGGAGAGUUC